CCGUCAAAUUGUGUUUAUUCCAGAACUGUCACCGCAAAGCCGGUCCGUUCCGUUCCACAUUCUAGACUAUUCGAAUGUUCGUGUCGUGAAAACAAACGCGACAGGAUGAGUUGUCCGAUUGGCGCAGAGGCCGUUGAAAAGCUAAAACAAUUCGUGACGAUAUGUCAAUCAAACCCGGACCUGCUGCAUCUGCCGCAGCUGUCGUUCUUCAAAAGUUUCAUUGAAUCGUUCGGGGGCAAGGUGCCGGCUCCAAGGAUGUCCGCGGAGCCGAACGCGCAGCAGGCGCAGCCCGAGCCGAAGGAGGAGGCCCCGGAGUCGGACGAGGAGUCCGACUUGGAGAUCGACAUGACAGGCUGCGUCGAGCCGGACGAAAUAUCGCCCGACCAUAACAUGGGUGAUGUGACUAAGGAGGAGGUCAGCGAGGAGGAGCAGGACAAGGCGGACGAGAAGCGCAGGGAGGCGAUGGCUCAAUUCUCCGAGGGCAACAUCGAGAAGUCCAUUGAGCUGUUCACCGAAGCCAUUGUGAUUAACCCCACCAGCGCUUUAUUGUUUGCCAAACGGGGCCAGGCUUAUUUGAAGCUCAACAAGCCGAAUGCCUGCAUUAAAGAUUGCACACGGGCCUUGGAAUUGAACUGCGACUCCGUGUCAGGCUACAAAUUCAGGGGAAAGGCUUAUCGUUUACUGGGAGAAUGGGAGAAAGCUGCCAAGGACUUGAGACAAGCUUGCAAUAUCGAUUUUGAUGAACAAACUGAUGAGUGGCUCAAGGAGGUUGAGCCCAAUGCCAAAAAAAUUGAACAGCACAGACUGAAGAAGGAACGAAAGGAAAAGGAAAAGAAGGCUCAAAAGGCUAGGGCGCCAAAACCUGAAGCUCCACCUACUUCUACCCCUGGAGGCCCACCUCCAACUGGAGCUGGACCUGGAGGCCUGUUUGAUUUGUUUAAAGAUCCAGAGAUUUUAAAAGCAUUUGAGGAUCCAGAGGUUGCUGCUGCAUUCCAGGACAUAACUUCCAACUUUUCCAACUUCACAAAGUACCAAAACAAUCCAAAAGUGAUGAACUUGUUAAAGAAAUUAUCUGCUCAGUAUACAGGUGGUGGAAUGCCAGAUUUGAGUGCUUUUGCGGGUGGUAUGCCGGGAGGAUUUGGGGGCGGAAUGCCCGGAGGAUUUGCAGGAAUGCCCGGAUUUGGGGGGCCCAAACCGACACCUCCAAAUGACGAUGAUCAUUUGGAUUAGGUUGUUCACAUGUGGGAUUUGAAAGGCUGAUUAUUCUAGUUAAAAUGGACUGUUUAUGCGGUUUAGAUUUGUGAUUCACUGCUUUUGUAAUGUAAAUUUAUAAAUAAAUACAGUACGAUUAUUUUGGAA